AUGGCGGCGGCGUGGUCUAGGAUCGGGAGGGGAGCGCAGCUGUCGCUGUCGCAGUCCCUGUCGAGGACCCUCUACGAGGGCGGCGUCGGCGGCGAGUCGCCCGCGGAGGCGGUUUCCGCGAUGCGCAGUGCCGCCGCGCUGUCCCGCGCCCGGGGCCAGCACCCGUCGUCGCUCCACAGCCUCGCGGCAAGGUCCGCGGGCCACCUCCUCCAGCCGCCGAGCAGGGGCAUCGUCACCACGCCCGCGAGGCUGCACCCCGCGUCGUCCGCGGCAGUGGCGGCGGAGCUCUCGGACGCGGAGACGAGGGAACACGAGCCUGUGACGUCGCCGCCUCGCCAGAUGCCGAGCCUCGGCCCGACGCGGCCAGGGGAGAAGCCCCGCGUCGUGGUCCUGGGCACCGGGUGGGCGGCGUGCCGGCUGCUCAAGGACGUGGACACGCGCGCCUACGACGUCGUGUGCGUGUCCCCCCGGAACCACAUGGUGUUCACGCCGCUGCUGGCGUCCACGUGCGUCGGCACGCUCGAGUUCCGCUCCGUCGUCGAGCCCGUCAGCCGCAUCCAGUCGGCACUCGCCACCCACCACGGCUCCUACUUCUUCCUCGCCUCCUGCACCGGCGUCGACACCAAGGCGCACGAGGUGUACUGCACGGCCGCGUCCGGCGACGCACAGCUGCCCAGCGACCCGUACCAGUUCAAGAUCGCCUAUGACAAGCUGGUGAUCGCGAGCGGCGCCGAGCCGCUCACCUUCAACAUUAAGGGCGUCCAGGAGAACGCCAUCUUCCUCCGCGAGGUGAGCCACGCACAGGAGAUCCGCAGGAAGCUGCUCACCAACCUCAUGCUCGCCGAGAAUCCAGGCUUGUCUGACGAAGAGAAGCAGCGGCUCCUGCAUUGCGUGGUCGUCGGCGGAGGCCCCACCGGCGUCGAGUUCAGCGGUGAGCUCAGUGACUUCAUCACGCGCGACGUGCGCCAGAGGUACGCGCACGUCAAGGACUACGUCAAGGUCACCCUCAUCGAGGCAAACGAGAUCUUGUCAUCGUUCGAUAUCGGGCUGCGGCAGUACGCGAUGAAUCACCUAUCAAAGUAUGGAGUUAAUCUGGUGCGAGGCAUCGUGAAGGAGGUGAAGCCCACUGAGAUCACCCUGAGCGACGGCACCCGCGUGCCCUACGGCCUGCUGGUCUGGUCCACGGGCGUCGGCCCGUCGGAGUUCGUCAAGUCCCUGGACCUGCCCAGAUCCCCUGGCGGUAGGAUCGGCGUGGACGAGUGGCUCCGCGUGCCCACGGCCCCGGACGUGUUCGCGCUGGGCGACUGCGCGGGGUUCCUGGAGGGGACCGGCAAGCCGGUGCUCCCGGCGUUGGCUCAGGUCGCGGAGCGGGAGGGCCGCUACCUGGCGCGGCUGCUCGGGAGGGUCGCGGCGCAGAACGGCGGCAAGGCGCACUGCGCCGGCAAGGCCGACCUCGGGGAGCCGUUCGUGUACAAGCACAUCGGCAGCAUGGCGUCCGUCGGCCGGUACAAGGCGCUCGUCGACCUCAGGGAGAACAAGGCAAUGCCGCUGAGCCAUUAA